GUCACUAGUAAAACAACUUGACUCGAGUUACACGCGCAUACGGUUAGCCAUUUUGGAACGAAUGGUUUGAAAAAAACAAAAAUCACAAACGUUUGCGGGUAGAAGACGUCGUCAAGAUGGCAACAACUAAUCUACCAGCAAUUCAACACCCGCUUUCGAGAAUGGAUGACCCGACAAAUCUAAACGUGAGGGGUUUAUCACGAGACGGCUCGCGUGCAGCUUCCCGGCAAAGUUUGACUUUCGGGCAAGAUAAAUUCAACGCUUUACGCCCCAUAACUGCAGAUCAAGUACCUUGGAGACUUACGCGAUCCUCGAACGGUUUUGGUGGGCAAAAUAGUCCAAGAAAUAAUGGUUUUGCGGCCAUGGGACAAAUUCCAGAAGGUGUCGAAGUCAAGCUAGCUGAAGACCCGAGCAAGCCAAGCAUACCGAUUUUCGGUGAGUGUGUUGACCUUCCUUUUAUCUUUUUUCUAGUUAAGUGGUUUAAUUUAUUGCUCUAGGAUAGAUGCAGCUCGAGUCUUCUUUUCCAGAUGGAUUUUAUCGGUAAAGGGUAUUGUUGUUAGAAACGCAGAACCUAAUUACGUCUUCCAUCCUCACGCUAGCUAUUAACUAGAUCUAUUAACACUAACCUUGCUACUAUUUUCUCAUUAUUUUAUGUAUGUGAAAAUUUGCACUUCAAUAGCUUUUCUAUGACAGUUCACUAUUUUUUUUGAAAAGUGUCUUAUAUACUUAAUAAUCGCGGAUAUUUCUUUGUGUAUGCUUUAUCUAAACUGCCUAGAGACCGCGACAAGCCAUAUGUUUUAUGAUACACUGCAUUGAAAAGGCGAAUGACUAAAUAUAAAUUUUUAAUCUGAGGUUUCUACCGGAUGUUUCUUCCCAAAACAUCUGCUUCAAGCAGCUGAUAUUAGAGACAUUAGCAUUUAUAUCUUUUUGGCGAGCAAACUAAUGUAAACAAAAGCUCUUUUUGCAGACAAUGUUUUAUAUAGUUUGCAUAUAAAAUCAUAUAUUAUUUGUUUACUAAUAACAUUGGUCAAUAGUAAGUUAUUUGUUUUACCUUUUAUGUAUUUAUUUUUAGCUCACAUUUGAUUAUAGUUACAUAGAUAUUUGCGCAUUAUAUAUUUUAAAAUUAUUAUUAUUAUUAUUGAUAAUAUUAUUAUUAUUACAGCUUUGUGUUGAAGUAAAUAGUUUAGGUUACCUCUAAAUUACUAUAAUGAUUGUAUAAUGUUUCCAAAUUUAUCAAUGAGCUUUAAAGCAACUGAAUCGCUGUUGUACAUUCUAGGGAGUCGUGCUGACAUGGCUAGCCGUGCAGAGAGCCGCCUGUCUCGACUAAACAGUGCUGCGUCAUCCUUGCAGGGGCCUGACAAAGCAACAGUUGAUGAGGUAUGUUGUCACUUCUGCCCAACUAUUGCAUUUCACAGGAAAUUUGACUUUCAUUAGUCAAAUCAAAGGGGAUGUACAAGGCUGUGCUCUGAGGAAAAUUGAUGGGAGCCCACUGCUCUGAAACAGUAAAAUCUAGGGUGCCCAGCAUAUGAGUUGUAUGAAAAAUCUGCGAUUUUCUAGUUGCCGGAGGGCAAAAGUUGGGCACCAGGGGCCACCGGGCUCUGCUAGAGCACAGCCCUGAUGUAAAAAAACCCACACUAUUGUUUGAAAAGAGUAGGGAAAGUUUUCUUCGUGUGGUCUACAUUUCACAUGUCAUUCAUAUCGUGGGCUAUGAGUGGGUUACAGUGAGCUCAUAAAUGGACUGAUAGUGGCUGCCCUUGGCGCCCUUGUAUGCUGAUGUCUGUGCUUACUGUUAACAUGUUAUAUGUAAUGUAAAGAGGGUGCAUCUCGUUGUCCUCUAAUGCACGACAUUCCAUUCCACAUAUUUCCAAGAAAAUAGUUAUGUUGACAAGGCAAUGAAUGUUAUGGUUCUGUAGAAAUCAAUUUAAUGAGGCAAGCCUAAGGGAGAACCCCUCUUUCUAAAGAAAUGACUACUGGUAUAUUGAAAACAAAUUAACAUUUGAAAACAAGAUUGUGAAUGAAAGAAGAAGGUGAUUGGCCAUUAUUUUGCAAGUUGCCCGAAACCUCUUUCUCAAGAUGAGGCUGUGUGUGAAGCCUCUGAUAUGAAAAUAUUUUUUCGGUUAUAAUGCUAAUACAUUUCAUUAUGUAAAAGGUUUUAAACUUAGUCUUGGAACUUAGUAAUGGUACAUUGCAAUGAAUUAAUUCUGCACAGGAUACCCAUACUGUUGAUGUCCUGUGUUUGCAUGACUAAUAUGGGCAUCCCACAUUGGUAUGGGCUGGCUCUGUGGCACAUUCUUCUAGUUGUGAGACAGCUCACAUGUCGUCUGACAAAUGUUUGGCCAAAUUGUCAAUUGAUCCUGUAAGACUACCAUAGACAUCAACAUAACCUGGAUGUAAUCAACCCUGUGAAAUGACAAAAUGUUAAAUGGGAUUCAAGUUUUUGACCCAAUCCAGGUUUUGUUAACACAACAGACUAGUAGGAUUGAUUUGGAUUAUAAACAACUUUAAGGGUGGGACAUAAACCAGCUAAAAAUCCUGUCAGCAGCAGACUGUGCUCAUUCCAGCAGGCAAGAUGUGGAUGUCAUUUGUUACUGAGUUAAUUUUUGAAGUCAGGAUGAAGCAAAUAAAAAAAUACACUCUCAGAGAAUAAGGCUGUUAUGGAAGAAAAUGAAUAUUAGGAGCAUGGAUAAAACUGAUAUGAAACCAGGGGUCAAUUUAAUUAAACUUUGACAUGUGACCAGCAUGGCUAUUGUCAAACUCUAUAAAAAAUAGCUACACUUAGAAUUUACACUUGUACAAUAUACACUAAAAUUGGCCCUUGUGGCCUCAUGGGCUAUUGACUCAAAGCCCAUUCAGGCUAGGGGAGUAACUGUUAAAUAUACUAGUAUAAGGUUUUUUUUUUCGCCUCGUUUAUAAACACAAGACUUCUUGAUGUACCCCUUGUACAAUUCUGUUCUUUAAAUUUAGCGACAUUAAGUACAUCCUCAAGCAACUCUAAAAUUUUCCAAGAAAAUUAAUGUCAUUGCACCCCAUUUUUGAUGUACUGUUUAAAACACAAGCAGGCGUGUAUUAUCAGCUUUAAAUACUCGAGGCAUAGCCGAAAGUUUAUAAACGUGAUUACUACUGUGAGUUUUUUGAAUGGCUUCAAAAUCUCUGAUAUAGGUCAACUCAUUCUUGCACUAAUAUUUAGAUUUGGGGUUAUUUUGAUCUAAAUAAUGGCAGAAAGGUUAGCUGUGUCUUUAUCAGAUAUAAAGACACUCAUUAAAAAUUAAUUUCUUUUUUUUUUUUUAAUUGUUAAUGAUUUUUUGAAGUUAUGAAUUAUUAUAGAUGAUUUGUGUUAUGUUGUUACAUACAAUUCCAUACCCUUAAUGAUCUUUAAUAUUUGUUUUUUUUUUUAGAUUGAAUUUCUUUUACGUGAGAAGAUGAAAACUGCAUAUUAUAUAAUAAAGAACACAUUUAAAGAGUUUGACCCAGAAGGGAAAGGAGUUGUUGGCAGGUAUAUGGUCAUAUAUAGCUCUAAUAAAAUGAAUGAAUACUAUCCUGCAGAAUACAUCAGGGCGCUGUUGAAACUUGUACUUGUACAAAUAAAAAAAAGACUAAAAUUAAUAUACAUGCAUACAGGGAGUUCCUUCAUUAUUCCAAAUAAAUUAACAUUUUUAUGUUUUCCUGUUAAACAAUAGGAUAAUUUUAAAUUGUAUCAUGCAGCUGAGAGACUCUUGGAUAUUUUUUUAUUCUAUCAUACAGCUUGGGGUUAUUUGUUUAUGACAUUCACAUUUAUUCCAGCUGCCUGGUUUACACAAUUUUGCUGUAUUACAAGGUGUGAAAAGAGUAAAAAAAGAUGUCCGUAAGGGGAAGUCCUUAAUUGCCUGUUAUUAUUUGUUUUGAAAAUACUACAACAUCUUAAAAGAAGUCCUUUGAAUGUCUGUUAGCUUCAAGCAACUGGAAAGUGGUUUAAAAACUGGAAAACAUGUUCUCUGAACGGUUUUCUGGUGUAUAGAGUUACGUUCAUGCAUACAUAUUAGGGAAAGUUCAUUUAAUAUGACAAGGGGGGGGGAUGAAGAUAUUGAGGGGGGGCUCAGAAAAUUUUUAGACACCGGAAGGGGGGGCUCUGAAAAAAUUGUUGCGCUAGAAGGGGGGGCUCCGAAAAUUUGUAUACUUCAAAACCAACACAUGACAUCAUCAUACAGAUCGGAUGGUUUUCAACUCAACAAUUUAAUGACCUGUGCAACUCAGCUAUAUCACGUGGUUUACAGAUAUAACAAAUGUAGUCUCAGUAAUUAUUACACUCUUGUUCAUCCCAAAAAUGCUUUAGAAAAUUUCAAAAAUUAGAAAUGCUCAAACUUUUUAUAAUAAAACCACAUUGAUUCAACAAGAUUUCAAAAUCUGCUAACGGGAACUAUAAAAACGAUGACUCUGUAACAAGAAAUGUUAAGAAAUGAAGGAGGAGGGGGGGGGGCUCUGAAAUUUUUUCGACUACCAAGGAGGGGGCUCCUAAAAAAUUGAACCGCUAGCGAGGGGGGCUGUUAAAAUUUCAAGCUUCGAGUUUCAAUAUCUUCAUCCCCCCCCCUUGUCAUAUUAAAUGAACUUUCCCUUAUUACUUCUUUUUCCCCCUUUAUCACACAGGGAAACGUUGGCAAGGAUUUUGCAAAAUUUUUUGUCAAGGUCUAUUAGUUUGAGUCAAUUUAACAAGUUAAUGGUUCGGUAAGUUAAAAAGAUCUAAACCUUAAUUAGUCUCUUCCUUUUAUUCCUUAUGAUGAAACAGAUAAACUUUAGUUUUAAAGUCCCUUUGUGCCACGUUGAGCACCUACAUAUAUGCUCUGCGUUAAGACACAUGUUCAAUUUGUACACUCCAUGGUAAUGAAGUUAUACAUCUUAAUUUUGAAGAUCACUUCCUGGAUGAUCACUUCAGCAGUGUCAGAUACAGAAUAUCUAAGGCUAGGUUUGGUGAAGAAUUCUGGUUUUGCCUCGCAUACUACAGAAUCUGUUUUUUUAAAAAAUCAAAGUGUUAUUGCUAUAGCAAUAAAUAUGUGAAACUCUUUCUUUUAGAUUAAAACUCGACCAUAAGAAGAUGAUAUCAUAUGAUGAGUUUUAUGCCUCUUUUAGGCCUCCAAAGGUGAGAUAUAAAGUAAUCCUUUAAUAAUAGAUUAUUAAAUUAUAGGAGUGGAGAAGAGGAUGGGCUGAAAUCUACUGUUGUUUUCACAAAUAUAGUUUAUUUUGUUACGUUUGCAGAGGUUUAAAUGAUGCAGUCAUACCUCCAAUAAAUACCAAAAGCAAAAAAAGAAAUAGUGUGUAAAUGACUGGCAGUCGCUCAUGGAGGUUUUCAAUUCCGAUGGGCUCUUAUCUAAUCUUUAUAUUUGGUCUACGGAUAAAUAAAGUGAACUAAGUCUGGGGAUUUAGAGCACGGAGGCAAGGAGUAAAGAUGUUUGUAUUUAGGUUUAAUACCACCAUUAAGUGUUUGGAAAACGUUUAGCAGCAGCCGGCCAUAUAGCCCCAGCCAAGUACCAAAUACCAUAGUUUAAACCUCUCGUAAGUGACUAUUUCCUGCAAGUGUCCUCUAGAACCUGGCAUUUUAGGUUGCUUACAGGAAACUUUACAGUAUAUAAAAUAUGCUUAAAGCAGUGUCUUGGAUUGGCGGUUUGUCUGUUAUAUCAUGGCAGUAAGGGUUCCUGUUUAAUAGCUGGCAACAAAGCCGCAAGGUUUGAUGAACUUUAACAACAUUUGAUGUUGAAUUCUUCUAUUCCUGUUUUCAGAAAGCUGAUGAAGGACCUGCUUGGCUGGAACUAGAGAAGCCAGAGUUAAAAUGUAUGUCAGCUGCACAAGUUCAUGCGCACCUGAAAGAAAAGGCCAAGCAGAGGUAGUUGCUUAUUUCUGAUACUGCAUACAUGUAGGACCAUGGAUUUCGUAAUCAUUAGCUACUCUUAAACCUGUGUGGCGAAGUCGUUAACGCUGUACUUUUUGUGAGACGAACAAUUCGAAUUUGGGCCAAUCCAAAAUUGUACCGUUCUCCAGUUGGUUUUGAUUUAAACGUUUAACUUACCUUAAGCUAAAAACCAAUCGGGAAUUAAAGAAUAUUAGAACAUAUAUUGAUAACUUCUGAAUGAUUGACUGUGUUCUGGAUACGAAAGGCAUUCCAGAGUCGAAAUUCCAAGCUACAGUUGUAUUAAAGAGCUUGAAAGCGGUUCAAAACUAAAAUACCCCUUCCCGAUGUUGUUUUAGCUUUUCAUACACUAGUCAUUAACAGUCCCAGUAAUGAAAAUAGUGGAUAAAAUAACGUGUAUACGUAGCUUGGAAAGGGGAUUCUUGAGUUCGUUUUUGUAGGUGACAUUUCCCGUAAGAAAGAAAAGGGUUUUCUGCAUAAAACAUCUCUCUUGGCUUGUGCUGUUUAAAUUGUACUGCUAGCUAGGCUAGAAAAGUUAUUAAUAAGCUCGCUCUGGUUGUUGUGUUUGCUUGUUUUUGUUGUUUAGUGGGGCUUUGAAUUACUUUGAACUGUCUUGAGUUUACUGACCGAUCUCACAGCAUGCAGGAAAUCUUCGUCAUUCACGCCAAUUAAGCCCAAACGUAGAAUUCAUUAUUAAAACAUUUAAAGUUGAUUUGCUAUGAAAGGCCAUUUCUAAACAUAGUGGGAAAAACAAGGCAACCAAGAAAGAUAGAGCUGAAAGCAACGAGCGCUAAAAUUUCGCAUGUUUCGUUUUUAGGUUUCUGGAUGUUGCAGAUCUGAUACCGCAAAUGAAUCCAGGUGGUUCAGGAAGGAUUCUUAAACCGGAGCUUAGAAACGUUCUUAACAAGAUGGGGUUUUAUAUGGAGGACGAUGAAUUUGAAAAACUUUGGCUUAAAUACGACACCGAGAACUAUGGAACGAUCCGGGCUGAGAGACUCAUGAGCAAACUUGGUAUUGCCAUGCGAGACGGCAGCAGCAGAGAUGACGCUAGCUCUCCUAAGAAACUUGAAGUUGAAAGAAAACAGUCGCUUGAUGUAGAAAGAUGGCUAAAGAGGAAAUUUCGCGAAGGAUUUUCGGAUAUGAAACACGCAUUCAUGGAGUUAGAUUUAGACCGGAUUGGUAAAGUUAGUCGAGAUGAAUUCAGGCGCGUUAUGGAAGAGUUUGGGCUGAGAUUGAGCACCGACAAACAACUGGAUGACUUUCUUGCCAGGUAAAUGCUAAUCAAAUUACACACGCGACGGUUGUGUAAAAGCUGGAUAGCGCUAUCCAACGGAUAAAUCAUAAUCCAGCGGACAUGCAUUAAGGAAACCAAUUGCGUUAUCCACUGCAUAGAUAUUUAUCGAGUGGAUAGUGUUAUCCAGCCAUUACACUGCAAAACAGCCGGAUUUUUUCACGAGCCUCACACGCCCUCCGUUUUCAGCCUCGCUGCAGCCCUUUUGUUUGACUGUUCGAGCGUACUUGAAUACGCAAAAAUACGGACAGUUUUUCUAUCUACAACAACUGGGGCCAGAUGGAUGAAACCAAAGAGUUAGUUUCUAAGACUGUGGGAACUGUGGUGUUGCGUCCAUAGGGGAGUGAAAUACAAGGAUUUUGUUUUACCAAGUUUGUUGAUAAGGUAGACUGUUCACCGUAAGGGAUAGAGAAGCUGGCUUUUCCAGCACUAGUCCUUCGUCCGAGCGAAUUCGCCCUGAAUUAAGAAACCUAAUUUCACCUACAAGCAAUGCAUCCAAUUUUUCGUUCCCGGCUUUGUGUUUGCGCAUGUGCCAGCGUUCGUUUUUGCUUGAAGCACAAGAAUCUUAUGAAGGGCAGUUACAAUCAAACCUGUACUAAGCGGCCACCCUUAGGGAAUGGUUUACUGACCGCUUAAUACAAGUUUACCGUUCAAUGCAGUUUUAACAAAUCAAAGAGUUAUUCAAGAAAAUUAAGAGGGUGAAGGACGAAAUAUCUAUCCCGCGAACAAACUGACCUCAACCUGUUUCUACCUCUACUGGUACCAAAAGAAAAAGAAAAAAACCGUACCACUAAACGCCACACACAGUAUAAAAUGCCGCAUUAGUAUGGUUGGUGAAAACAAAUAAAAAACAACUCAUUGGAACCUCGGAAAAGGUGACCGCGACCGCUCAAUAGAAGUGACCGCUUAAUACAGGCCAGUUUUAGAGUAAUAAAGGGAAACUAUUUUCGGGACUUAAGUAAGUGACCGCUUAAUAGAGGGUGACUGCUUAAUGCAGAUCCGCUUAAUACAAGUUUGACUGUAUACGUGAAAGGAUGUUUUCUCGUUUCUCUCUUUAAGUAUGAUUUGAUGUUUUUUCUCACAGGUGCGGCAUUGAAGGAUCCAGCGGCAAGAUUUCUUAUAAAGAGUUUCUCCGUCGAUUUCAGGACCGAAGCGAGCAAGGAAUGCCGCAUAAAAUUUUAGCCAAUCCACUACACAGGUAUUGUUGACUCUGUCCAAUUUUAAGUCUCUUUUAUUGGGGGCGAAGCAAGGGUCUACCAAAAUUUUCAGACCAUCCACUUCUUUCGUUUUAUCGUUUUUAAUCGAAAACUGUAAAAAAUUCCCUUGAAACUGAAACAAUACUUACCUUCCCUGUGGGAAAAGAAAACAGCUUUGUAUAUACUAAUACUUUGUUUCAUUUUCUAAGGUAUCACCAUAGUGAUGCUGGAAGUAACUACUCGACCACUUCAGCGGUCGAGGCCAGAAUAAUGGACUUAUUUCAGAAAGACUUUCUGGCCCUUUUGGGUACAUUUCAGUAAGUAUUGUCUGUUUUUGGUGGUGAAAGGUGGCUUCUUCUUUUGUCAAUCAAAUUUUUACGAUUUAGUGGGAUGGUAAUGAUUUACCCCCGGGAAUUAUCACUCCAGUCGUGGUUGCUUAAACGUUGGAUAACGUUUUGUUUAUUUUCAUUUGGAUACUAGCAGCAGUGCUACUCUUGAAAUCCGAAUGUUGAAAUACAGUUUCUCUCUCUCUAUCUAUCCCCUGGACAUGACUGGAUAAAUCACUCUCCAGCAGAUAUGCAUUGGGGAAACUAUUUGCGUUAUAGAGAAUUAUCCGAUGGAUAGCGUUAUCCGCCUUUCAAACUUUCUACGUUUGCUGCUUUUUUUCAGUCAAGUUUCCUCUUAUUGUCGUUGAAGACCAAUUUGUUCGGAAUCCACAGUCGUGCCAACUCAUAUAGUUCAUUUACUGUUAACCCAAGAAAGAAACAUACAGGGCUUCGAACGAGCUUUUACUGUUGUUUUAGGUAAUCGAGCGAAACGCAAGAGAUGCCCUAGCUUUAUUGAGGCGCCUCGCGGCUCGCCACUUGCGCGCGUCUAGCGCGACUCCAAUAACCCUUGAACUGCACACAGGCUACGAACAACUCAGCCCAGGUUUAGUUUUACUUUAGUUGGCUGCAAAGUUUUAACUCUUUCAUUUUGGCCAAUGAUAAAUUUGGAGCGAUAUAAAUCCAAUAUAAUUAAUUGCCUUUAUUUGCAGCAACAUUGACCGAAAAGAUUCUGGUCUUCUCACGCAACAGCAGUUCCGCGCGGCUGUUGAAGGAAGGUUUGAAUUGAACAUGAGUGAUCAGGAAUUUGACGCGUUUCUGAAGAAAGUUCCUAUUGAUAAUGACGGCAUGGUUAAAUACGUCGAGUUCAUGUCCAAGUUUGACACUUUGUGAGUAUUGGGUAUCCCUGUUGAUAGCUUUUUCUUAACUGCCUGUCCCGUAGCCAAAAAUUUGGGUAGUCUGCCUCUUACCCCUAAGAAACGGCUGGGCUACGGGUCGCCUGUUCCAGGCGUUUAGAUAGUGGGGAGCAAGUUAAAUCGUACGCGGCCAGCGCAAAAAGAAACACGAGAGAAAAAAAAAACGAGCGGCGCCCCAAUUUUUUGCCCGCUCCCCACCAUCCGAACGCCUGGAACAGGCUAGGCUACGGGCUUGAAAGAUGAUGCCAUUAUCACUUUUGGGAGAAAAUAAACGCACUGAGAAUCAUUGUAUUAAGCUUGAAAGUACUAAUUUGGGACACGAUUUUCACGUCUCCUACUGGAGACGGGACUGUCAUUUUACAUGGUUAUCCGGGCCCUGGGAAAGUUUCCUACAGAGGAAUGGUUUUGACCUGGGGAUCGAACCCGCGACCUCCCUCUUUGCCCAAGGGGACCUUCCUAGUAUAAGUUAAUGUGUCGCUGGAUAGGGUAUAUUUAAUAUAGUUUCUAAUAUGGGAUCCCACAUUUUCGAGAUUUUAGUGGUAAGAAAGGAUUUAAAAAUGGGAAGAUUUGCGAUUGAAAAAGUGAUAGGAAUUGACUAAGUUCGGAUUGCAUUUGCCAAAAAGUGACAAAGAUGGGGUCCAUGAUGGGCCACAGAAUAGACUAUUAUGGGGUAGGGCUUCUGAGAGGCCAGCGGCACAUAUCCACCCAAAAAUCGAUUCCUGUCCUCCCCCCGGCCGCUCUGCAGUCAAGCGCUCUACUACUGCGCGUGUCCUAUACGUAACUCAAGGCCAGAAUAUUCGCCUACCUUUACCCGUACAUCUUAAGGUCUCCAAUAUUGAAUUUUUGUUUUGUAUUUAAACAGUGAAACAAAAAGUCUGUUUGACCGAUCAAGCGUCAUGGAUCGUAGGGACACUCUUCCUCCAUUACCGGAGAGAGACAGCCCGCCAAUGUCACCUAGGAAACAACUUCGACCAAUCAAGACCAUGGAUUCGUAUAACAGCCAGGAAGGGCGCAGUGUAGAGGAACUGAAAGUGAUCAUUAAGAAAGUGCUCGAAAAUAAUUAUCAGGCUUUUGAAGAGGUGAGCUAGCUAAUAGAGGCUUUCAGUAUCAGGUUUUUCUAGGAAAAAUGCAAACCGUUAACUGCAGUUUGCAGUUACGCGUUUGCAGUUUCACGUUGUCAGGGUUUCGAUUUCAGCAAAACACUCGAUGUUUAGUUCCGCCAUGUUGUUAUUCGUCAAGUCGCAGUGCUUCCCUUUUAACGCCCUUAAAACAUGAGGAAUUCAUUGUUCCGAGUUCAAAAAUCUAACUGGCGCAUCACAAGCGGGUGUAGAAACCUAUCUCUUGCCUUUAAAGAUGAAGCUAGCCUUACAAUUUUUAGUGACAAGAAACCUUGCCGUAAAUCACUUACUGCUGGAAGCUCCCUCUGCCGUUCAAACGCGUGAAGAACCGUAAACUGCAAACGCGACCGCAAGACCGUGGUCAUGUGGCAUCCUUAGGUUUGCCGUUUAACCAUGAAAAACCGGAUGCUUAUAGUCUCUAAUACGGAUGCAAUUCGCUGAAGCCACUCUCUUGGACAACGGGAAAAACGCGCUUUCUCGAAAGUCCCGUAAUUUUUUUCCGAAGCCGUACUUUAAGAUCCAUUGUAUAGUGCGCGUCCAUGCUCACAAAUUGGUCUAUUUUGUUUAGUUUAUUAAAGGCUUUAUUGUAAACAUUUCAGUGUGUAAGAGGAGUUCAAUCAAUCAAUCAAUCAUUUAUUUUAACACGUUUCGUCAAAGAGCUAAAAAAACUCGUUCAAAAUACGAACGUGUUCAGAGCUACACCCUCUAUUUCUCUUUAGAGAUUGUUGAGCGGGCGCGCGUAUGAAAAUGAAAACCGUGGGUGUUUAUUGGCCGCUAAUACAAGGGGGUUGGGGUGAGGAAAGAAGAAAAUAGUUUCUUCAUUUUUUUUCUCGCGCUCGCUCUCACGCUUUCACUAUGCUCACACGUUCGCCAAAUUCGUCGGAAGAAAAAAACACCAAUUCGUCAAAAAGGUAAAACGUCUGUGAAUAGGCUAUACAGAUGUGCAUUUUAUCAUCCCUUCUAGAAAACUAGAAAGUUGUUUAUGUACUAGAAAUGUAAAAUUGGCUUAAUGCAGUAUGUGGAAAACUUCAAGUAACGCGUGUCUGUUGUUUUCAGGCUUUCAACGAACUUGAUGAACUGAACAGCAAGAGAAUGACAAAAAAUAUGAUGAUUAAACUGCUGAAACAGUAAGGAGUUGGUUUACACCUUGUUACCUUUACAUGUUAUCACGAAGGGCAAGUUAAGAGCAGGAAAAAACGCUACUGUUUGCGUAACUAUAUGCCUCAUUUUAUGGAUGAUUAUAGUGUGACUUAUCAAUAAAAAGCAUCUGAGCGUUUUAAUUUCGCUGUACAAGUUUAUUUUAACUCUUGAACGGUGUGUAGUUUUAUCAUUAGAUCAUUAGGCACCAAAAAAGUGCAAAUCUGUUGACCUUUUUUUCCAUUCAUCGUCUUGAAAAUACCUUUACCUAUUAUAACGUGGCUUUAACUUUUCAUUAUGAAACUAUAGUUGUAUACUUACGAACAAAUUCUGUUAGUUUUGGUAGAUAAAUGUUCGUAUCAGCGAGACAGAAUAAUUUUCAUCAUGCAUAUAGUUCAAAUGAAAAUUGUUCUCUCUCGCUCAUACGAACAUUUAGGCCCGGUUCAGACGCCGCUCCACUCAUGUGCCGAACCUAACUGAUGAAUUAAGUACGGCAAAAGAGCGGCGUCUGAAUCAAUUUGGUACGGCAGCUUCAGUUUGGUGCGGCAAAAGCGUUGAGUUCGACAGAGUCUGUCGAACUUUUGUCGAAGUUAACUUAGGUUCGACACACAGUACGCCGUCUGAAACAGAUGUCGCGCCAGUGUCGAACUUAUUCAGUUGGGUUCGGCACAUGAAAAGUACGGCGUCUGAACCAGGCCUUAGCUUCCAAAACUAACAGAAUUUGUUCGUACGUUCUUAGUAAAGGAUUUGCUAAUGUUUUCUCGUAUUUAUUUUUCUCUGGCAGGUUUGGAGUAACUGUAACGCGUGAUGAAGUGAAGCGACUCUGGGACACUAGAGAGCUUAUUACAGAUCAGAGGGGUUGCCUUGAAUACCGGGAGUUCGUACGCACAUUCGGCUAUUCACUACGAUCUGCAGGUAUUUAUCUUUUUAUACAGGGUUUACUUCUCUGUUAUAAAAUUAAAACAUGAUCCAUUUUCCGACUGAGAAUAAGAAUUCAAAUAAGACAUAUUUGUCACAUCUCUCAAGGGGUUUAGGAUGUAUAAGUUUCUUUUAUGUCGAGUAAUCGUGUUCACGAGAGAGAGGGGAAGUCAACGCCCCCAUCAAAGCCAUUGUUUAGCCCGUUUUACGUUCAGAUUCUGAGUGUUUAAAACUGUGGUUGGCUAGAAUUAAUUAUGUUUUAAUCACUAACAUAGGGCCUUGUUUGAAUUGGUAGAAAUCGUUAUCAGGCUAGUGUCAAUAUCUUUCGUCCUUUGAAAAAGUCUCGUCCUUCUUGUGUGCCCUUCGCGUUCUCGGACGGUUGACUUCCUUUUCAAACGCGUGCCUCGCAGGGCACGCCAUGACUGGCGCGCUGUGGCUAGCGACGCAGGUCACGUGGUUUGGUAUCUCCACAAAGCACGCUCCUGACUGCGCCGCAGUUCUUGGAACAUUUUAUAACAAAUAAUGACAUAAUUGUGUGUUACUGUACUAAUUAAUACAGCCAUUUCAUGAAAUUCAUAAUUUAUUGCUCUUCUUCAGCUUUCCCAAAUGCUAAAGUUUCUCCACCCAAGAGAGGUGACAAUGAUUUCAUGAUGCGCUCGAACAAGCUGAACAGUGAUAAGCAUCUGUUACACCACCUGCUUAAAUCAAACAUCGACAAACACUGGGAGACACUCUGGAGUGAAUUCACCUCAAUUGACCGUCAGGGAACUGGAUGCGUUUCUAGGAAUGAUUUUAAGGUAAGGUGAUGUUUUAUGGUUUCAUGUUAAGUUUCAUAUCCACGGAGGAUAUAUAGGUCUUUUCUCGAGUCGCUCCAAACCUAUUUUUCAAAACGAGGCUUUGGGCAAAGUCUUUGAAAUGAAAAUAAUUUUCAGUUGUCAUGCAGACGAAACUCGAAUUUGCAGCUGGCCUCGUUUUGAAAUUUGGGGUUUUGGAGACUCGGAAGUGGCCUAUUGGUUGAGUCCUGGACUUGGAAGAGGUAGACCCGGAUUCGACACCCGGCUGAACCUACACAAAGGCGCCACUUAAAAAAACUGAGGAGAAAGUGCUAUUUUUGUUCUUACAUCUACAAGUGGUUAUUUAAGAUAUUCUAGUUUUUUCGGAUAAGGACAAAAAGCCAUAGGCCCCGUAUCACAGCGCUUUCGCUGAUCUAUUGUAGCUGUUGUGGGCCGUAAAACAUCCUACAGGGCUCUCCGUAAAGAGUAGGGAACAUACGCAAGAGUAGUGCGACAGCACUCCUAGUAUCUUACAAACUGAAUUAAGAGUACAUCGUAAAAGCAUGAAUGAUUACUGAGCAACGGUAUGCAUUAUACAGAGUACUUUCAAAUAGGCGUCAAAGCUACGUCAUGGUAUCGGCAGAAUCUAUUCUAAAUAUUUGAAGUUUGUCGUUUAUUAUCCAUGUCAAUCUCUUCCAAACUAAAACAUCUUUAAUCCUCUGUAUUAAUCCUUUCACCUUUUUGAUGUAUUUCUCCCCUACAAAAUAAUUUUGAGCUUUCUUUUGGCAGUUGUCAUUAUAUACGUUGCAAGGUAAUGAUUAACAUUAACGUCACAGUUUAGCUCUUUGAUAGCAUCGUCCAACGUUGAAAAUAACAAUUAACAAAAGUCUUUCCGCCAGCUGCAACCUCCCCAAUAAAAGACUGCAGACCACCCUGGCCAAUGGUGUUGCACUACAUAAAGAGAGGACUUAUGAAAGAGAAACGGGGAAAGGACGAUUGCAGAUGAACAGGCUCAUCUCUCACAAACCCACUUACAUCAUGUCCAUACUAAUGUCGUUGAGAAUCGAAUUUUGUCUUUCUUUCUUGCACACCUAUAGUUUAUUUGAUAAUGCACCUUACUUGCGGCAUAAAAAUCUUAUAUGGUUCUCUUUCACAGAAUAUUUUGCAAGGUUUAUGCAUGGAGUUAACAGAUUACGAGACUCAAGUAUUAUGUGACAAAUUUGACCCUGGAAAAGAGGGAAGGUGAGUUAUGAAAUAAGUGCAAAUUUUGAGAAACUCGUUUACUAUGUAGCCUUACAAAUGACUGAUGAUUCCAAAUGUCUUCCACAGAGUAAACUAUAUAAAGUUUUUAGAACCAUUCUCCAAACAUCGAAGAGGUUUUCGACAUGGACACAAUAUGCAAGCUGUUAUGAAGCAUCCUCAGGCUGAACUGGUAAUGAACAAGUACUGUGUUACAGCUCAAAUUAAAGUAUUGGUGACCCAAGGAAAAUAGUGCUUAGAAAAAGUAAACAGAUCGACUUUAUUUUCCAAAAGUAGAAAACCCUGAAAAUUUACUUGUGUGUAAAAUCCUACUCGUUACUUUUCUCGAUGAAAAUAUAGUUUUACUUCUUUUUCGGUUUAGAAGUGUUGCUAUGAAAACGACAUAGUUUUAUAUUUAAAAUAAGUGUCAAAAUCAACAAACAGUAAAUUAUUCCUUCAGUUCCUUGGAUAUUAUAGUUAUUGAGUGGGUCAGGUUUUACGUGUUUCAUUUGUCAAUUAAUUUUCAAUCAAGCUGGUCCUUUGAUCCGUUUCUGUUGGUCAGUAAAGACCUUAAAGUUAACGUCCUUGUUGGUCAUCGCUCAUGCAGAAGUUUAGCUAGCGGCCCUGUUCAAAUGUCGAACUUUUCAUGUGCCGAACGUAAUCCUUCAGUUAAGUACGUGGAAAGGUCUCCGUUUGAAUCAAUUUAGUCUGACAUGUCUAAUUUAAGUCGACCCAUGAAUUAACUUUUAGUGGCGCACAUGAGAAUUUCGACUACGGAGCAUUGUACAUAGUGAAAAUGAAAUUGAAUCCGACGUUUGAACUGGGCCCAAGUCUCGAUCAUACGUUUUAGUUUUUAGGUGAUGCAAACGUUUCGGGUCAGGAAUUCUUUGAUUUGUUUACAGUGAUGUCGUAAAAGCAAAUUAAUUUGUUUUAAGGUGUGCAGAUUCAAAGCAGUCUACUGCAUGUCUCUAUUGAAGCUUUAAUAACGUAUAUCAACAUGGUAUCAAUAAUUGUUUGUUUCUUGGAUAGCCUAUGGAUGAUGUUGUUCAAAAACCCAACAAAGGAUUGUCAACAGUUACAGCAAAACUAAGGGAAAAGGUACUAGUCACAUGUUUACGUGGUGAAUUUGCGCUAUGAAGCUCCCUUUUUUAUAAUACCGCGAAACAAUUUGUACCUCGUGACUAAGUUUUCCCUACAUUUAUAGUCAGCUGAUUAUUAUUUCUACACAAACAUAAAUAGUUUCGUGUUAGUUUUAUCCAUUAUUUUUUCUAAUUUGAGAAAUGUUCAAGCUGAAUAUGCCGUUAACGUGAUUCUAAAUCUCCCUUAUUAGUAGUUUGUCAACACGAGCAGGAGUGUUUCGUGAGGUAUCCAAACACCGGGAAGUGUCACUUUUCCGUGUCUACAUAUCAGAUGAAUAUAGCACGGGGUUAUAAAAAACAGGGCGCAGCCAAGUUGCGGUGUGUGAUAUGGCUUCUCAAAUGUUCAGCAGUUCUUGAAGAAGUCUAAAAAAACUCAAAUUCGUUAAAAUUGUUCCACUCGUCUGCCACAGUAUAUUGAAAAUUCUUGUUGAUUGUGACAAUAAUAGCUUACAUACCUUUCCAGUAGUAGUUCUAACUACAACUUUCUUAAAGGAAUAAACCUUUCUACAUGCCUACAGUCUGUAUCCUUUCACAGCCGUUUAGAAAGUCAAGAGAAAGCGAAAAAUUAAAUGAGGACAAAAACGCGAGGGAAGACUGGGGCUCCCCUAUUUUUGCUCCAGUCUUCCUUCGUUUUUUCCCUGCGUUCUAUUUUUCGCCCGCAUUCCACAAUCUGAACGCCUGGAACAAAGUAGUCUUUUUUAAGAAGUCCGUAGAAAUGGCAAAACAGCUUUGUUGUUCGAUCUUCUGUCUUUUAACGUUUUUCUUUUUCGCCUUAUUUCUUUCAGUUGUCUGGAAAGUGGAUUAAUCUCAUGCGUGCUUUUAAAAAGUUGGACAAAGAUAACAGUGAUUUUCUAACCCUCAAAGAAUUCCGUCAUGUGUUAGAGUUGUGUAAUGUGGUGUUGGACGAAGAGGAUAUUUAUCACAUUUUAACGGAAUUUGACGAAAACAAAGAAAAGAAAAUCAGAUACACAAAAUUUUUGGACAAGAUAAAAUAAUUUAUAACCUGUACUACGAAAGCGUGUGUGACCACUGAAGAAUCAUUGAAGUCUAGAAAGGCCAUGAACAUUGGAUCGAAGUAAUGCUUUUGAAGGCCUGAAUCCUUGAUCAAGUGCUCUUACGUUCCCCAUAUGAGGGUUUCUUAAAAGCGUCCAAAAUUGUUGUUAAUACUAAAAACAGAAGCCGCUGUCAUCCCAAGCUGUGGAAACCCUAAAAUAGAAGCUCCGCCACUCUGUUUAGCCAUAGUUAAUUGAGUGGAAUGGUUAUGAAACCCGUCAGACUCCUUUGUUAUAUGUUUUUGUGGACCUGAAAGUGCACAACGUUCAAAAGAAUUCCUAUCAUUUUGAUUGUAUUGACCAAUAAAAACGUUGCAUUAAUUUAUUCCGUAACAAUUUGCCAACAGAAAACAAAGGAUUGUGCACUUUCAGGGUGCUUCCAACAUAAACUGAAGCACUGUUGUUUUUAUCAUUGAUGUUUGCCGCUUUUCAUAACCAGUCUCCUCUAAUAACUAUGGUUUAGCUUAAGGCUGGCCUCCAUGGCUCAGAAGGACGUCGGACGUCUUUUGAGAUUUACACUGUGUAUGAGCGAUCAAUUGGUAGCUUUUAAUUGUUGCAACUCGUACAAGUGCGUCAAAAAUUAAUAACAGCUCUCGGCAGAUACAAUCUUGGACAGAAUAAAAUGGGAAAGCAAUUCCCUCUUCCACUUAAAAUACGAUAAGGCCGCACGAAGACCAAAAUGCACCAUUUUCCGGUCCUUGUCUUGAGUUGGGGUAGGGAGGAAGGGGGGCUUAAUUUCCGUCUAUUUUGUCUGAGAUCGUAGCCUUUACUGCUGGAGAAGUGAUAGACGUAGGUCCAGUUUGAAUUGAAUUUCGAUUACCGCUGCACUUCCUGCGAUCCAGUCCUUACAUUUAAAUGCCUGAAAUAUGUUGUACUUGAAUUAAUCUGAAUGGAAGAGAGCGGCCUUCCUCUCGGCUAUACAAUCUAUGGUUUCGUAGAGUAUCGAGAAAUUGAUUUUGAAAGUACAUCGUUCAUCAGCUAACAGAAGCCUUAUGUAACGAGAAACAAAACAGUUGACUCCUCAAGUCGAUAAUAUGGUUCAUGUUGGAUAAACGAAAUAAGUGGUACAGUCGACGACUUGCGACUAAAGUCCAGUUCUUAAAAAUCAGAAAAUUUUAUGUUUGAGAGCGUAUUGUAAUUUU